AGGUACCGCAACCUUUGGAACUUUACGACACUCGUCCAGACUUCUAGUUAUUUCAGCUGCAUGUUUUCUUUCCCACCCCACUUCAUUAAUUCCUUGACCCAAUAUAGACUCUUUUAAAGCCAUGAAGACAUGUGGCCUCCUAUUAGUAUCUAUCUUUGCUACCAAACUCAUCAACUUGUUUGAUUUUUGACUUGAUUCCAAUUAACCUACCAUUUGGACGGCUCUGAUUGGCCAGAGCAUGGACUCUUGCUCUUCAAGACCUACCGACGUGCAUUUACAUGGAGAAGUAACUAACUUGGGAUGUCAAUAUCUGUGUCUUUGCUUUCGCCGUAGUUUGCGGUAAUCAAUAAAAGUUUUAUUUCUCAACCUUGUUUAGUUACUUUAAAAGGUCUUUUUGCAGGUAGCAACCCAACAACACCGAAACCUUUUCUUUGCCUUCUUCUCUCCCAAACAUGCAGUUUGUUCAUUCACCAUCGAAAAACCAAUCCUCUCGGUUGAUUAACAUAAUUGUUACCUCAUGUUCUGUAUGUCUACUCUAUCUUCUUGUGUCAAUAUUCCUCUCAGGUUCUUCAAAGAUCGUACCUACAUAUUCCCCAUCUGGUGAUAUUUCUGCACCGACCUCUCUUGAGCAUAUUGUGUUUGGAAUUGCUUCUAGCAAGAAAUCCUGGCCUAAUAGGAAAGAGCAUGUUCGGCUUUGGUGGAAGCCUCUUCAGACGAGAGGAUGUGUGUUCAUUGAAAGCCCUCUACCAGAUGAUGAUAAAAAUGUCAGCAGGAAGGAUGGUACUUCGCUUCCUCCAUUAUGCAUCUCCCAGGAUACUUCAAAAUUUCGCUACACCUGCAAGAAUGGUCUGAGGUCAGCAAUCCGUGUGGCGCGCGUUGUUUCCGAGACAGUGGCUCUGAAUCAUUCUGAUGUGCGUUGGUAUGUCUUUGGGGAUGAUGACACGAUUUUCUUCCCAGAGAAUUUGGUAAAGACUCUUUCAAAGUAUGACCAUGGGCUUUGGUACUACAUUGGGACUCAGUCAGAGAGUGUACAGCAGAACAUGGCUUUUGGCUUUAGGAUGGCUUUUGGUGGGGCAGGUCUUGCUAUAAGUUCCCCUCUAGCAAGAGUUUUGGCAAAGGUUUUCGAUUCGUGUAUAGAAAGAUAUCCACAUCUCUAUGGAAGUGAUUCGAGAAUCUACUCUUGCUUGGCAGAGCUUGGAGUAGGUUUGACACAUGAACCCGGUUUCCAUCAGGUCGAUAUCAGGGGCGAUAUGUUUGGUCUGUUGGCUGCACAUCCAGUGACACCCUUGGUAUCCCUGCAUCACCUGGAUCACUUGCGCCCAAUCUUCCCAAACAUGACAACCACUGAAGCUAUAACACAUUUAUUUGAAGCAGUAAAUGUUGAUUCCCAGAGGAUCUUACAGCAAACAAUCUGUUAUGAUAAAUGGUUUUCAUGGACCAUUUCUGUGUCGUGGGGUUAUGCUGUUCAAAUAUUCCCAAACCAUAUGUUUUUGCCAGAUGUUCUCCAUGCGCAAGAGACAUUCUGGCAGUGGAAAAAUGGAAAUCUUCCGGGAGGAAUCUACAUGUUUAAUACAAGAAAACUCCAUCCCGACCCUUGUGACAGACCUACCAUUUUCUUUCUAGAUACUAUAUCUUCCAAUUGGGAUGGAAUCAGCAGCAUUUACAAGAAGUUGUUUGUAAAUUGCUCAAAUGACGUGGGCUCUCCAAGGAAACUGCAGGAAAUCAGAGUAUUCUCACAUAAGCUAGACCUUCAUGUUAAACGGUUGCAGGCGCCAAGAAGGCAUUGUUGUGAUGUUUUGCGCUCUUCAAAAAGUGAAGUGAUGGAAAUUGGAAUCAGAGAAUGCAAAGAAGAGGAAUUAAUUCACAUGCAUUAACAUCACCUUGCAGAUUAGUCCCAUUAUGUAUUCGAAAUUCCUGAUCAUUACACACUGAGCUAGUUUCUCAUUCAAUUCACAAGACCAGUAAAGCAAAAUCCCCAUAUCAUGAUUAUGCAUGAGAGAUCCAAGGAGAACUUUUCGAGCUGUGUCGGAAAUAUCGCAUCUUUGGUUACUUUGACAAGAUCCAUCAACGACGCAACUCUUACCUAAUCUUACGCAUACCUGGUUUUGUUAACAUUAUCUAUUGUUUUACCAAAACUUAUAAAUUACUUUACGUAAAAUCCUAAUUUAUCGUUAAUGUAAAGAAUAUUACAGAAAUAAAGAAUGCCCUUUUGUGUUCA